CUCAUCACCUCGAUUUUGUUUGCUCGCUGGCUCAGCCUGACGCGAUCGCGGACAAGAAGGCGAAGGAGAACCAGGUGGAGGAGGAGGAAGGGGGAGGAUGGCCGUGCAGUGGCCGCUGGUGGUGCACGGGGUGGUGACGCUGCUGGUGGUGGUCUCGUUCCUUUGUGGGCGCUGGCCCAUCUUCCGCGGCACCUUCGUCGAGAAAAUCCAUUACUUCAUUACCUACGGCGCCUACGACUACUUCCUACGAUUUGUGGUAGCUGCAUUUGGCUCUAGAGGCAGAAAUUGCUUUCUCACAGUUGAAAAUUAUUGUUGUGAACGGCCAAAUCCUAUCUUACAAAUAUUUUAUCUGGUCAUCCUUGGUGUGACAUACUUUAUCAUUGGAAAGUCAUCCUUCAGAUACAUUCCUGGUUUCUAUGUCAGUGAAUUUCACUGGUACACAGGCAUGUUGGCUGUAGGUGUUGGAGUUCUUCUUUUUCUAUUGACUAGCUUUUCAGAUCCAGGAACUGUGACAACUGAGAAUGUUUCUAAAUAUGUAUCUGCAUAUCCUUAUGAUGAUAUCAUAUACAUGGAGAAAGAAUGUUCAACUUGCAAAAUCCUAAAGUCUGAACCUGCUAGAUCUAAGCAUUGUGGCAUAUGUAAUAGAUGUGUUGCCCGAUUCGAUCACCACUGCGGUUGGAUGAAUAAUUGCAUUGGCGAGAAGAACACCCGUUAUUUUAUGGCCUUUCUUCUUUGGCACUUUCUUAUUUGUCUCUAUGGAGCACUUGUCCUCGGAUUAAUUCUUGCUGGUCAAUUGAAAGAGCACAAGAUAAUAUACAUUUUAACUGCUUAUUAUGGCAUUGAACAUUCAUUUUCCAGCUUAUCUCCACAUGUGGUACAGUGGUUGCUGGGUUCAUAUAAUACACAAAUACUUCUGAUAAUGUUUCUGGCAAUAAUUUCACUGCUGCUGGCCGGAUUUUUUGGAUAUCAUGCACAUCUCUGUUUGACAAACACCACAACAAAUGAGACUUUCAAGUGGCAAGACUACAUAAGCUGGAAGAGGAAACUGAAUGAAGCCAAGGCCAGCGCCGCAGCACUGAAGGCCGGUAUACAGACAAUCAGUGAAGAAGCAAAAGCUCCUGAAAGCAAAUGGAGGGCUUUUUUCCGCAGAUCCCCUCUGCAGAAUGAUGAUGUGAUUGUCAAGAAUAACUUGUAUGAUCAAGGAUUAAUCAGUAACAUUUGUGAGAUCAUUUUUCCUUUAUCGCAGAGAAAGUCAUUCUUUCAUCGGAAAUCAACAUAACAGGGUUGUUGUAGACCCCCUUUUUCUCAUAUGUGAUACAUGAAGUUUGCAUUUAAUGUAGGUUACCCAUUAAUGUUUCUUCGGGGACCGGUUAUAUAUUACAGAAAUUGAUGCUGUAGCUUGAAUCUGAUGGAAGAUCCCAACUUCUAUCUUGUUGCAAGGAUUUGGUAUUCCUUGGA